GCGGUUGACUAGCCGCUCUUGCUGAAAACGAACUGGCCACCACUGACCGUGAUCGUACGAUUUGACGUCAAUGUUCUUGGCCCAAAACUGGAAAUGGCAACCUCCUCGCCAUUGACGGUUGUACUACAGUGGUCGACUGUCACGAUAACUCGCUUGAUGUUCUGUGCUCCCUUCACAUCACAUUGCUCUUUCCCUCAAACACUUCAAGUAUGCGAGUGUCUGCACUCGUUCUUCUGUCCUCCUUCCCGGCCGAGGAGCUCACACCUGCUCCUUCUUGCCCUGCACGCAUCGCAGGAACAAAGUUCAAGAGAUCGCCGGACUUUGUUUCCUGCUUCACUUUUUCUCUCCUUCUUUUUCGUCCAACCCCUCCACCCCUCCCGUCCUCACCACCUCUCGUCAGGGACACUGAACGAUGCCUACUUGUCCAACUCCAACCCCCACCAAUUGUCUACCAACCAUGGCUGUGCCACUACCCUGAUCCUCAUUGUCCACCUUAUCCUGGAUAGCCUCAACACCAAAGGAUCUGCUAUGGGCAAACAAGACCCAAAUAUUCCCAGCAUCACCCCAGCAUUGUGCACGGUCCGGUUACACAUGCAGUGCCCCGAAAGUGGAAAGCACGCUGCCGACUCAGACCGAUUGAGACUGUUUGACACACAACGGUCUCACAAGAGAUGCCGGCUUCACCGCUUGCCCGCAUGUGAUAGCUUCAUAUCAACCAUUCAUCACUCCCGUGGUUGCUCGUCAGUACUUGUCGAUUGCGGCUAAGAGCAUCUGCAUCAGCAUGGUCAUGUUCUUUAUUACUCCAUCACCGCCCGCUGCCCACUUACUCAUACCUCCUCCCACUCGCUCACUUUCACUGGUCUUCUCUCACAUUCCCGUCUUCACCACCAACAAUGCUCUGUUGGCAUCAAUAUGGCUUCCACCACACAAACACGGCACGCAAUAGGUUAAGACCUUUUUACACUUGAGCCACCGCAAGACAACCGGUAUGGCUGCCAUCGCCGUUGACGACAACAACGACAACACCACAAAGCAACCCAAGUCCUCGUCAACGCCACCUUGGUCAUUUACGUCACAAGACCAUUCGAGAUCAUGAGCACCAAAGACGAAGAAGCGAAGUUCAAGAUAUUUG